AUGGCCGACAGAGACGAGAACGAAUUGAAUACCAAUGGGGAAGGAAUUGGGAGAGAUUCUAUUUCGACCCACGGGUGGUCCGCUUCUUCAACAUUCUUUUCUAGUUCCCGAGUGAUGGGCGAGGAAGAUGUCUUCAGAAGCGGCAAUUUCAGCGAGGACACUUUCAGGGAGUUGAAUCUCUCGCAUGUGCGAUCGAGCUCUGAAUACUCAUCCAGGUCACGCGCUGUCGAAGACGCGGCCGUCCACGAGUUCAUUGCGACUGGAGAUGGUAACAGGAGCCAGUUUCCAUUCUAUCAAACAGAGUCAACAUCUCAAUUCUUCUCGACGUCUAGGACUGUUGAAGAGCAUGCUGAAUCAAGGCAGUCCGAGGUGGUAGAAAGAAACUUCUCCUCCAGUAUGCAGUUUGGUUUCUCGAAUGAUCCAUGGGCAUCAAGGGUCACUGAACGGGAGGUGGCUCCUGAGGCGCGAAUCUAUAGUGGAAAUAUCGAAGGAUUGUCUAUGAACUCAGAAGGGCAUGGCCUGUUUCAAAAAGAUGCUGGAGCACUGCAGUCCGGGAUGGCAGAAAGAAAUAUCUUUUCUGACAACACCCACUUGGGGUUCUUGGAUGCUACAUCAGCAUCAAUAGAUGCUAAUCGGGAGGUGGCUUCUGGAGUGCGAACCUAUAGUGGAUAUACGGAAGGCACGGCAGUUGUAGCUCAAGUGGAUAAUGCGUCUAAUCAGAAUGCUGAAGCAAUGCAGUCUGAAAUGAUGGAAAGGAACAUCUCUUUCUCCAACCCGCAGUCGUCGUUCUCGGAUACUAUAUCGACUUCAGGACUCAUUCAAAAAGAGGCGGCUACUGAAGCACAAUUCUACGGAGAAUAUGCGGAAGAAAUGUCAAAACAAAGGCGAGAUAUUUUUCAAGAGCGUGCUGGAGCUAUGCAGUUUGACAUGCCAGAAAGUUCUAUCUCGUCAUCUACUAUGCAUUUGAGAGGCCCAAAUGCAAUAUCAGAACACAGACUCGCUGAAAGAGGAGUGGCUGCUGAAGCGCAAAUCCAUGAUGGAUAUAUGGAAGAAACGCCAACUCAAGGGCAGGAUACGUCCUCGGGGCUCCUGUCCACGUCGCGGUUUGCCCAGGGGAUUCCUCAAGCACAGGGGACCGAAUCAUCUGAACAAAGCACCAUACCAUCACAUACUGAGUCUAGGAUAGAGACCAAUGAAUUGGAGGACCGCAAUGGCGUAACGAACCAUACGGACGGCCACAACGACACGAUAGUUCAUGCACAGACCGCUUCAUCGGAAUUAAUGUUUACAGAAACCCUGGAGAACGUAGGGGCUGAAGCCGACGUUGAUAAUCCCCCCUUUCAGACUGUGACACCGGAUCUUGCUCCCUGGGAAACAAGAAUCAAGAUAAUGAAUGGAACCACUAAAACAAGCGAAAGAAGAAAAGGGACCUUUCUCAUAUCACACGCGGAACCUACGUCGUCCCCACUAACCAUCGCACCCGCAGUGAAGGAGCAAGAGAUGGAAAGUGGGAUAACCGACUCUCGAGAAGCCAAAGAAGACGAUACUUAUGCGACUGCUAGGCAUAUGGACCAAAGUGUGUCUAUUAGCCCUGCGAUAGUGCCUGACCAAAGAGUAACGGAGGAAGAUGAGGCUUCAGGAAAAGCAGUUGAAGAAGACCCUUUUCUAUUUCAUACUGCGCCCGCUUCGUCCUCGGAAGUGGUGCACACAGUAGAAGAGAAAGAGGUAUUAUGCGACAUAAACCAUCAUGACAGCAUUGCGACUUGCGCUGCACUGGAUCCAACCGAAAAACUACAUCUCACCAAGCUUGCAAAUGAUCAAGUUGUUGCUCGUGUCACUCAAUUGACCAAUGUCUCGCCCGGCGAGCCGUAUCUUAACCCAGAGAGCCGAGAUUUCAGUUUAUACAGGUGGCUCAGAAAGAUGAUGUGCAUGCUUAACCGGGGCACACAUAACGACCUAUCGGCAACGACAUUUCAAAACCUGCAUGUUCUAGGAUUUAGGCCCGAGGCUCGUAAAUUGACGCCUCUGAGCGUCUUCUCUGCCCUACUGCGGCCGCGAGAUACAUUCAGUCUGGGCCGGAAAUCCCCCAAGAGUAUCGUACGGAAUCUAAACGGCGUCAUAAGCAAUGGGGAACUGCUGCUUGUGUUAGGACGACCUGGAGCAGGGUGCAGUACGGUCGCAAAAACAUUGUGUGGGAAGCUUGAUGGCUUGAAGCUAGAUCCUGAAUCGGUCUUCCAUUACCAUGGCAUUCCACAUCAACAGACACUGGAGAAUGUCAAGAGAGCAAGUCUUUACAACUGCGGAACCGACAAGCACUUUCCAUAUUUGACAGUUGGCCAGACUUUGGAGUUCGCAGCAUCAAUUCGAGCUCCCACCGAAAGACUUCAGGGAAUAACACGGACAGAAUAUGCAAAAGCUAUAACGAAAGUUGUUGUAGCCGUGUUCGGUCUGAGUCACACGUUUAGCACUAAAGUCAAAGACGUGACAGAGGGUGAGCGCAAGCGAGUUAGUAUUGCCGAGAUAAUCCUGUCGGGAGCAUCUUUAGCUGCAUGGGACAAGUCAACUCAGGGCCUAGCUUCAACAGAGGCAUUGAAGUUUGUGCAGUCUUUGCGGCUGGCAGCAGAUUUGGGUUCAUCUUCCCAUGUUGUGGCCGCAUAUGAAGCUAGCGAAGCAAUGUAUGAACUAUUUGACAGGACUCUGUUGUUGUACGAAGGCCGUCAGAUAUUCUACGGCUCUUCGUCUGAGGCUAAAGGCUUUUUCGAGCGCCAAGGGUGGUAUUGCCAUCCACACCUGAGUACUGCCGAAUUCCUAACUUCAAUUACCAAUCCAACGGAGAGACAGCCACGUCGGGGUAUGGAGAACAGAGUUCCCCGAACCCCGAAAGACUUUGAGACGUACUGGUGCCAGUCCCCAGAGUAUCAAGAGCUACAGAGGGAGAUGAGUGGUCAUAAGCAGAUUGUGGGUUCUCACUCGAGAGAACGCCUGCUCGACCCUGAAAUGGACGAAGAACAGAAACAGCUAGGAAGGACGCCGUCUGAUUCGCAGUACCCCAGCAUGAUGCUGCAAGUAAGACUCACUACUGUUCGCGCUUUUCAGCGGGCUUGGAACGAACGUGCUUCAGCAGCAUGCAAGAUCACAGUGAACUUCAUUAUAGCCCUGCUGAUCGGCUCAAUGUUUUAUUAUACACCUACCACGACCGCCGGAUUCUUCUCGAAGGGCUCCGUGCUUUUCUACCUAGUGAUGCUCAACUCCUUCCUGCCACUAACCGAGUUGAGCAUUCAGCUUUCUCAGCGUCCAGUGGUGGAAAAGCAUGCCUCAUUUGGCUUCUAUUAUCCCAUGGCCGAAUCACUCGCUAUUCUAUUGAGUGAAAUCCCCAAGAAUCUUCUUCUCGUCCUGGUGAACACUAUUGUCAUAUACUCCAUGAGCAACCUUCGCCGCGAACCUUCGCAAUUCUUCAUAUGCUUCCUGAUCAACUUCGUGUUGAUCCAUGUGGCUAAUGCAGCCUUCCGGAUGACGGCAGCAGUGACGAAGACACUUGUGCAAGUACAAGCCCUCGCUGGGAUGCUGGUACUUUGGGUUUUCAUAUUUACGGGCUUCAUUAUCCCGGAGCCUCGGAUGCCUCAUUGGUUCGAAUUUGUCCAUGAUAUCAACCCCAUCUUUUACGCAUAUGAAGCCCUAGUCGCCAACGAGUUCCACGGUCGGGAGUUUAGUUGUGCUGAAUUCGUACCCUCUCGACCCAACCUCCAGACGAAUGCAUAUGUCUGCGCAGCCGUGGGAGCUGUUGCUGGACAUCCUACUGUUAGUGGUGACGACUAUAUCUGGCAGACUUACAAGUAUACCUACGACCAUGUGUGGAGAAAUUUUGGUAUCCUUAUUGUUUUCCUGGUCGGUUGGAUGGGUCUUUAUUUCGUUGUAACGGAGUUUAUUGCACACUCAACUAUUCAUUUCGGAAGUAAAUCGGCUUACCUCAGGCACGAAGAGUAUCGCAAAGAGGACGAAGAAGCUGGAAAAGGCUCGGUGACUCCAGUCCAAGCUACCACUGGCAAUGUGAGACAGAAUUAUUUCAGUUUCAUUGAACCUCAGCGAAAUGACUUGAGCUGGCGCGAUGUGGUAUGCGAAAUCCACACAAAUAGUGGAAACUUUCGGAUUCUGGACCAAGUGACUGGUUGGGCCAAGCCAGGGACGAUCACGGCGUUGAUGAGCCAUAAUAACAGUGUCCAGAAUGCUGAACUACUGAAGGUGUUGGCGCAGCGUUUCACAACAGGUACUGUUAGUGGAGACAUACUCUUCAACAACUGCCUUCUGAGCUCGAAUUUCCAGCGGAAGAUAGGCUAUGUUCAACAACAGGGUAUCCAUUUGGAAACGGCAACUGUUCGCGAGGCUUUGCGGUUUAGCGCAGUGCUACGACAACCACACUCCGUCUCCAAGGAGGACAAACGCACUUAUGUUGAGCAAAUAAUCAAGGCACUGGAAAUGGAGGACUAUGCCGACUCUGUCGUUGGAGUGGUUGGAGAAGGCUUGAACGUCAAGCAGCGGAGAAUCUUGAGUAUAGGAGUGGAAUUGGCUGCAAGACCAGAGAUUCUGUUCGUGGAAGAGCCUGUCAGCGGUCUCGACGUGCAAAGCUCACGCGCAAUUUACCGUAUUCUCCAGAAGUUGGCAGACGCCGGACAGACGAUAAUCUGCACGCUGCAACCCAGCACGAUGGCAUUUAGGCAAGUAGACCAGCUCCUAUUCCUCUCCGCCGAGGGUAGAACUGUAUACUUCGGAUCCACCGGCGAGAAUGCGCAGCCUUUGCUAGACUAUCUCGAAUCCAACGGCGCUCCCCGGACCCUCAGACAAGACGAAAAUGCCGCCGAAUACAUCGUCGAGAUCCUCUCCAGCGCCACCAACAAACACGGGGAGGCCUGGUCCGAUAUCUGGGCCAAAAACAACCAAGUUGACCCCAUCCACGAAGAAUUCGCGAGUGUUCACACGCAGAACAACAACCCAACAGACAGCAAAGAAUUCGCUACCUCCCUACACCUCCAAUUCCCCAUCGUCUUCCGCCGAACCCUCCAACAAUACUGGCGCUCACCCCUCUCCAUCCUAUCAAGAAUCCUCCUCCAAAUAAGCGCCGUCCUCAUCAUCACCUUCUCCUUCUACAAACACGGCACCUCGAUCAGCGGCCUCCAAGAAACCAUCUUCGCCACAUUCAUGAUCUGCACUCUCUUCGUUCCCAUCGUCCACCAAACCCUCCCCUUCCUCACCAAACACCACACAAUAUACCAAACCCGCGAACGCCUCACCAAAACCUACUCUAGCAAAGUCCUCAUCCUAUCCCUCAUCCUCACCGAACUCCUCUACCAAAUCCCCCUCAGCAUCUGCAUCUGGGCAAUCUACUACUACCCCAUCUCAAACACCACCACCCAAUCAUCCCCCCGCCAAGCCCUCGUCCUCCUCUUCUUCAUCCAAUUCUUCCUCUACGCUAUCUCCUUCGCCCUCCUCACCAUCUCCACCUCAACCCUCAUAAUAGCCAUCUGCUCAUUCAUGGCGCUCACCUUCAACGGCGUCAUGCAACCACCCCAAGCCCUCCCCGGCUUCUGGAUGUUCAUGUACCGCAUCUCCCCGUUUACCUACUUCGUCGCCGGCGUAACUUCUACCCAGCUUCAUGGCGUUGCGGUUAAUUGCAGCAGUGCUGAGAUGGCGGUGUUUAAUCCGCCUUUGGGACAGACUUGUGCUCAGUAUCUGGGUGAGUAUCUGAAGACGGUGCCCGGGCGGUUGAUGAACCCGGAGGCGAUGACGAGUUGUGAGUAUUGUCCGUACUCGGUUGCGGAUCAGUUCCUCGCGGAGAGGGAGUAUCGGUUUGAUCGGAGGUGGAUGGAUUUUGGUGUCGGGUGGGCUUUUGUGGGGUUUAAUCUGGGGGUUGCUGUGUUGGUUUAUUAUCUCUUUUGGGGGAGGAGGUGGAGGUGGAGGUUGGGGGUUUUGGGGAAGGUUGUGGGGGUGGGGAGGAGGAUUAGAAGGUAG